AUGGAGUACCCUGAUGUUCCCGAACAACCUUCAUCACCUCCAGCUUCCCCCAUUCCGGAUAGGCCUACAUCACCUGAACUUCCGCUCACCAUGACUGCGUCAGCCGUUCUAACCGCCCUUCCUCAAGAUGCAAGCUCGGCUUUUGCUAACGCUGGCAAAUUCGAAAAGGAAAAAGUCCGCAUCCGGUUCAAAGCCGUUGGAGGAUCUGUCCCGCAGCUUAAGCGUGAAGUGCGCCAGAUCAGUGCUGCGCAAAAGUUUGAGGCUGUCGUGUCUCACUUGCGCAAGGCACUGCAUCUCAAUCCCACCGAUAGCCUAUUUCUCUAUGUGAAUAGCGUUUUUGCUCCAGCUCUCGAUGAGAUUGUCGGCAACUUACAUCGAUGCUUUAAAGAUUCAAACGAUCAGUUGAUCGUGGCUUAUUCCAUCACUCCAGCAUUUGGAUGA